AUGGAUCUGGAAAGACUUAAGCUGGCUAAAUCUGUUAAACCCAAGAGGAGUCGAGAUAAGGUAAUUAACUUGUAGCUAGGGAUUUACUGCAGCUUUAUUUAUUAGCAGGGUGUCGGCAACGGAACGAAAACAAAGCUUGAAAGCUCGAACACACAGGGAGGGAAAGAAGAGAAAACUAAUCACAAAUAACUAUUAAAAUUAAAUAUCAUAUAACAUUCCACUGAGUUACAUGUUAUAAAACUACAAUGUAGGCUAUCAGAUACGACUUAAAGGUGCUUAGACUUGGCGCGCCUCUAAUGGUGACAGGAAGGGUGUUUCACAGCUUUGGGCUACCGAUCAUUAUCUUUGUAUGUAACAACAUUACUUCGCUAGCUAUUACAGGGAAGUACUAAUAAGCUGAUCUUAAAGACGAGAUGCUCUUUAAAUAUGUAAUAGUUCGGGUAAAUUCUUGAACUUGAUUUGAAUGUAUUUCAGAGAGCGCUCAACUCUUAGAGGAGCGUUGACAAUUAUAAUAAACUGGUUCAACCAGUUUAUCAUAAUAGUUCAGUUAUGAUAUACAGUCAAUUACCUCUCUUCACGGGCACCUCUGGGUAAUUUCUAUUAUGUACAGGACAGUCCUCUUUGUCCCAAAGACACCAAAAUUCAUACAAUUUCUACCAUAAUGAUGUAGACUCAUCUGUAGUGCGGAAUCUUGGUUUGCCUCAUGCCUUUCAGAGCCUUAAUUAAAGGCGAGAAGCAGUAUUUUGUAGGUUAUUUCACACUGCACAAGGAGCCAGUAAAGAUUACAUAGAACCGGUGUAAACUGUACCACUAUCUUAACCACACCUAUAUUAAUUUUCUACGUUUAGUCUCCAUCCAAGAUAGAAUCACUUGUGAACACGUUGGAGAAGGAGAGAGAUUACUACAAGGGCGAGUGUGAGUCGCUCCAGGACAUGAUGAGAAAGCGUUUGACAUCAUCAGAUUCCCCGACUACUAAACGAAAAGGAAAAAGCAAAGGAAAGGUAAAAACAUGCCAAUCUCAUUUGAACACUCCCGAAAAUGAACAAACAUUCCAGCGUGUAGACCUGCCACAAGUCGACCUCAUGAGUUUCUUAGGUUUCGAACCGGCCGAGCGAGCGACAAAGUCGCGAAAGGUCGAAAAGUCGAGAGCUCGUCUUCUUCCCGCGCCAUAAUCGGACGAAGGACUUUUUGAAAGUCUACCCAGCGUGCUAGAAAUUUCCAUUUCUCACCAGCCACUGUCCCCAGGCCAGUAAGCCUGACAGAGCUUCCCAUAUGAAUAUUAAUGGCGAGAUAAAAAGCUAGAUCGAGGGCACAGGCUAUUACCAUUAGGUUUUCUACUUUCUCUGUCGCCGUAUCCAACCUUUUCUCCCCAUACCUAACCAAUAACGACAUGGUUCGAGUUUAUCUGUUUGUUCUUUACUAAGCAGUCAGUAAUUUUGGUCCACAUGGAAUUAAUUUCUAUUUUUGAACCACGUGAUAAGGCGGCCAUGCUGGAGGACAACUUAAAAAAAAUUUUCUCGCAGAAUUUGCGAGAAAAAAGAGUUUAGCUCCCAACGGAGGGAAAGGCUUUUGUUCUGGUCCACCAGUAUGGCGUCCAUGACGUCUAUCGUUGCCGAGAGCCAGAAAAAGCAAGACACUUCUUAGUCUUCCAAACAUUCAUUUUUUAUCUUUAUCUGUAGAUGCUCGGUCACCUGGAAAGCAUGACUCAGCUGCUUCAGGAAGAACGAGACUUUUACAAACGAGAAUGUGAACUGCUUAGGAACAUGAAGGAAAAGAGCGCUUUAAUGUCACCUCCCACAAGAGAGAGGGUAAUGAACUCCUCUAUGUAGUUUUGGGAAAUUUGAAUAGAGGGCAAUCACAAUCCCCCCCUUUUUCAUCGUAAGCGUUUGUUUUCUAAUGUUAAUUCCCUUCUCCCUGGAAAAAAUUUUCUCACUUUUUAAAAGAGAGAAAUGCUUACAGACCGACCAUCCGCUUGGCUUGCUUUCGAGAUCUUGCAAACUCCAUUUUUUAAGCCUCUCGUAGCCUGUUCACAGACCCUCUAUUUUUUUCUUGCUCCGAGUGUGUCCAUGAAAAAAUUCGCGCUCAUUUUCACGCUCUGCGCUUGCUCUCGCCCGCUCGAAGAAUUCGUCGAAAAAAAAAAACUCUGAGUAGUUUGUGGUCACGUGAGUAAAAUUAUUUUACAGGUUCUUACGAAUACCCAGCCUAGAUCAAGGCGUUCUCUCUUGCCUCGUUUUCCGCUUGAAAUUCAGAAAGGAGCAGGCGAGAGAGGUGCACAGUCUUAUUUGGGAGUUCUUACAAUGACGUCACGGUUCGCAGUAGAGUCCAGGCUCCAGUUGUUUAAAAGGUGGAUAGGGCUAUCCAACGGAUAAAUUACUAUCCUGUGGAGAGCGCACUUGGUUUUGGUAUUACUUAUCCAAUGGAUAGCGAAUUAUGCGGUGAAAAGCGCUAUCCAACGCUUGAGCAACCAGGACCAAGUUUAACUGAGCCGAGAAGGUUUACUUAGGGACCAGGCUGGAUCGCAUCAUCAUUUAAACUAUUUUUUACCCUAGAUAUCACGUGACAGCCCAAAUGAAACAAAUCGUUUGAGAAGAGAAAGAGACGAGCUGCAAUCACUUGUGGAGAAGUUUGAGAAACAUCUUACAGAGGUAGGAAGUUUAUUUGUAUCCUGCGCAAUAUUGGAGACUUUAAGAUUCAACGACGCGACGGCAACAAGAAUGUCGCUUAAACAGUGAAUUUGCGUUCUUCGGGAGCUUCGAUUUUUCUUACCCACUUUGUCAAAUGUUGUCCAAUCCUCCUCAAGUUGAACACCAAGGGACCAUAUUAAAGUUCAGAGAGAAAAAUAAAAUUUCGUCGUAGCUUGUUUAUGUCCUCCAUAAAACGCGAAAAUAGGUAAUUUCACGUCGUAGUAGUGCAAAAACGUUAAGGAAAUGUACAAAAAAGUGUGAUGCACGUGCGAAGUUGUUGUUGUUUUUUUUUUGACGUUCCCGUCGCCGUAGCGUCGUUAGAUCUUUAAGUCCUUAUUAUACAGAUGGAGAUGUUAAUGCCGUAAAUUCAAAAUUGGGUAAAGGUGUCCGAGAAAGAACUGCAAGAAGUCUAAUGGUUAUCCACCCAAGCUUGGAACUCAUUCCCCUUUUAGUCUUCACUGGACCGUAAAUAAGAUCUUUAAGUCCUUAUUAUACAGAUGGAGAUGUGAAUGCCGUAAAUUCAAAAUUGGGUAAAGGUGUCCGAAAAAGAACUGCAAGAUGUCUAAUGGUUAUCCACCCAAGCCUGGACCUCAUUCCCUUUUGAGUCUUCACUGGAGCGGAAAUGCGUGUGGGAGAGGUCUGUUCACGUGGUGGUAGGGUGCCGCUUGCGAUGCGCGUCGGACGCUGUAUGUUCGAAGUUGCCAAACUGUUAUGCUUGUUUCGUGCAUGUAUGUAAACUCCUUGCGAUGACUGACAUUUAAUUAUGAAAGGAUGAUGUUUGCAAAUUCUUCAGAAAGUUAACAUCUGGCCCCGUUUGCACAAUAGAUGGAUAGCUCUAUUCAGCAGAUAAGUAGGAAACCAAUUGCGUCAUCCCCUGGAUAGAGAUUUAUCCGGUAGAUAUAGCUAUCCUUCUUUUGAACAACUGGCGCCAGGUUAUUAGCCAUAUAGAGGUUGCCAGGGAGAUUGGGCCGGCGUGUUGUCGAAUUGCACUAAAGGACUGUGUUUUGAGAAAGCUGUCGCUUCUGUUAUUGGCUAUUAAAUAUUUGCGCAGUAAACUGGGUCAAAAUAUUCGUCCCCCAAACAGUCCCACAGUGCAAUUCGACGCAACAACGACCCAGUCCCCACACCAACCUGCAAAUGGCCAACGAAACCAUAAUUGGUAUACUGCGGUCUGCUACAACAUCCUCUAAACUUCCAGCCAGCCUGAAAGGGAGUUUUCCAAUUUAACCAUUUAAAUAUGACUUUCCUGCUCUAGAUUCAGGAGAAUGUGAAAACAUUAACACAGGACAGGGAUAACAUUCAGCUGCUUUACGAGCAGGCCACGGAUGAAAUCCAGAGAUUACGCCGCCAGGUGUCUCGAGCCCGGUCUCCCUCACCCUCUCGUGCCGCCUCGGCGGUCUUGGUCCGAGUGGAGUCUGAGAGAGACGCAGCCUUGGCAGAUGUAAGAAGAAGUAAUAUUCACCUUGACAACUUGGAAGACAAGUUGAAGGUUUGUUGCCGUGAAAAUCCGAUUCCCUCUGUCCGACUAAGCAGGACAUUGUUCACUUACGAGGGGACCCCGCUAUGCGACCCCCUCAAUUUUUUUUCAGCUGCCACUUUAUUUUUUCCCGGGAAAAUGCCCCUUUUUAUAAAGAAGCCCUGGCCAAAGGCCACAUUGAAAAAUACCGGUGUAUAUGUUCUUUUAAAAAUUUACUUCGUUAAUACGGUCACUUAAACCAAAUGUGCGUUAUGAAAGAAAUUUGUGUAGCAAAAGAAAAUGGAUCAUGAAAACUAAGCAACAAGGAUAUUCCUUUUCAAUUGAAGGCGUACGUGAAAUGUCAUAUUGUUCAUCUCUAAAUAUACCUAUGUUCUUUUGUCUUUACGAAUUCAUUAAUACUCUGUCCAAUAGCACCCCUACAAUAUCAAAUGGAAAAAAAAGCACCAAUAACUACUGCUACUGCGCUGAUAGUCGGCAAUCCCGUUGGUGGCCAGUUACUCUGUACGAGGGAUUGCACCUGUUUUGUCUAAAUUUGUCUGAUCCCUUUUCUUGUCGUGUAGUCAAUCCUCCUUUUGAAUUAGCUGUGUACCCUAAUCCUUAUUCAGUGUGAAAACCCACGACCGCAUUCUUUAUAGAAGAAUUAAGCGAGCAAACAAGACCCUGAAAUUGGGCAAAAAGAGCGAACUAUUCAUUUAUAUUAAACUCUGUUAAUUUAAUUUUAGGGCGCAAAGGAUAGUGCUCUUCAAGAGCGCAGGCGAUAUGAAGAUAAAAUACAAAGGUUGGAGACCAUGUUAGAAAAG